GCUAAAAUGCAGUCUUGCUACGCAUCACGUCAUAUCUGGCUAUGUACAAUAUUUUAACAUAAGUUUAAUCACAAUACCUAUUGACCAUGACUUUAAGGAUAGUUCAUCUCCUCUUCAUUAAGGUACUGCUACCGGAAGUGACGUGGUGCCAGGACGUGCCGGUGGACAUCAGUCAGUCACUGUCGGUAUUAAUCCAAGAAGAGGCGAACAUCCGGUCACAACUGGACGCUGACCUUACCGCCCUGGCACAGACGCUAGACGCGCUGACCAACCUUCAGAACAAUGUGACCUGUGGUUGCCCGGGCCGCCGCCCGCCGGUAGCGUUCUCGGCGACUCUGACCAAUGAAAUCACAUCACUGGGGACCAACCAGCAGGUGCCUUUCGACAAGGUUCUCACAAAUGUGGGUGGGGCCUACGACAGUCGCCAUGGUGAGUUCCGCGCCCCCUACGACGGCACGUAUGAGUUCUCCGUGUCGCUGUACAUGCGUGGAGCGCGAUGGGCGGGCCUAGAGAUAGUCAGAGAAGGCGUUGCGGUGUCCAAGGUGCGGACUGGGGACGGCUCGGAGUACACUAUGGCCGGGACUACGGUGACCCUGGCGCUGAGGGCGGGGCAGGACGUGUGGGUGCGGCACAUCGACGAGUCGGACAGCAACGCCAUUGACGGCGAGACCUUCCCUACAUUCUCUGGGCAUCUCCUGCAAGUCUAGGAAAUGUGCAUUUGUAUCAUGUGAAAAUAAAGUGUUCCGUUACAA